GUGGAGAGUUUUCCAUACCUGGGCAGUGUGCUUAAGACAGACUCUGGUUUGAAAGUAGAAUUCUUACUCCGAAUCAGUUUAGUGGCAUAAAAUUUUCAUCAGUUGGAUUACCCUGUGCGGAAGCUACCUGGUCUGUCACUCCACUCAAAGCUUCGGGUCUUCUCGGCAAUGAUCAUCCCCUCCCUUCUCUACGCUUGCAAAACGUUGACCGCCCUAACGGAACAUCUUCGGCAGUAAGAAACAUUCAGGCUGGCCUGCCUACAACCCUUGCUGGGUUUAUCCAGGCUGGGUUAUGGGAGGAGCUAAUAAAUCAAUUGAAAGAUUCGGACAAAGUCACAUCGUUGAGCUCCUCCGGCAGGCAAGGCUGCGUUGGCUGCGUCAUGUAGACCGCAUGCCCAGCCACCGCAUGCCGAAACAGCUUUUUGUUCGGCCAUAUAAAAGGGGGCGAUCAAAGGGCGCCGGCUACGUCGCCGUGGUCGCGCGACUCCGCUUCUGCCGGGCGCGCGUCGUGCCCUCGUCCACGUGCGACUUCUCGGCCGUGCGCCGGCUCAUGUGCGGCGAGGUGGGCUACGAGGCGCCCGUCGUCUACGCCAACAUCCUCCUGGGCACCGCGCUGCCGCUGGGCGCCGUCGCGGCCUCCUACGUGCUCAUCCUCCGCGAGUGCCGCGGGCAGCGGCUCCCCGGCGGGCGCCGGAGGGCCCUGAGCACGUGCGUCACGCACCUGCUCCUCGUGCUCGUCUACUUCACGUCGAUCUUCUUCACGUUCGCCACGGGCCUCAGGCUGGGCGCGGCCAUGUCCGGCGAGGGGGUGACCGCCCUCCAGACCGUCCAGUUCAUCCUGCCGCCCGCGCUGAACCCAGUCAUCUACGGACUCAGGACGGCGGAGGUCAGGCGAGGGCUGGCGAGGUUGUUGCCAAGUAAAAUUUGGCCUAGCAAUUAGGGGCGUGGGGGAGGCAGUGGUGGCGGUGGUCGGUUGUUGUUUUAUUGUUGUUGUUGUGCAGACUUCCGCCCUCCCCAUCAACGUAAAAAGAUUAAAUGAAACAUCGCUUCCUGUUGGUAGGCUCGAUGUGAAUCACACCAAAGGUUGAGAGGGUUCGUCCGAGCUGGCCACUGACCUUCAGCGUGGCCUGUGAAGAGCACCCUUUGGAAAUCCGCUUGCGAGUGAUUUGAGAGUCGGUGAAUUCCAGAGAAACGAUGACUAUAAUAAUAGUGUUUAGAACAGUGGUUCUUAACCUGGGGUCGUGCAGUGUAUAGCAUUGUCUCGUGUAGUAUAUAGCAUAGUGUGUAUUGUAGUGUAGUGUAUAUUAGUUUAUAGUGUAGUAGAUAGUAGUGGGUAGUGUAUAGUCAUCUAAAGUGUAGUA